AGAUCUACCAUUGGUUUGUAUGAGGAUUUGUGCAUCUGUUGAACACGCAUUUCAUAGAUUCGUAGCGCAUACCGGGUACACGUGAAACUUUUGCAACAAAAAUGAAAUUCUUGGAUGCUUGUUGGGUCAUAGCGCCUAUAAUGACUUCCUGCAUGUAAUACCGUACCAAAGAUGAAUAUCCUGGGUUUACGUCGCCAUUUCACCUCCCCUCUAUCGUUUACGGACGUUGAUGCUGUGCCAACUUCCCCUUCAAAUGUCUCGAAUCAGGACUCGCAGGACAACAAGGAUGUGUUACUACAAAGACUCAAUGACCUCGUGGUCAGAUUGUCACAUGAUGAUGCCGAGGAUGCUGCCAUCACUGCAUUGCACAAGAAGACGGAUGAGAUGGAGACGCUGUUGAGAGUGGAAUAUUCUAUGGAUUUGGAUCCGAAAGUAUCUCACAAUAAAGUCAAACCACCGCCGCGGCGAAGGGACUCCAAUGAUAUAUUCUGGGGGCGACCACUCAACACCAGACGGGAAAGCUACCUCCGACGGCCAAAUUCUCCCACACCGGUAUCCCGCAGUGCUUCAUAUAAUAGGCCUGUAGUGGUGAUCUCCAAAGCUGCUGAGAUAGCAACAUCAGCUGAAGAGUUGAAUGUGCGACUUGCCAAAGCAGUGGGCGAGCUUCAAGCUUCUAGGAUAGAAAGCGAUGUAAGUUUACAUGCAUCAAUUAAGUUUAGAUUUUAAGAUACGGUCACUCAUGUAUUCUAUGUAGAAGAUUCUAGCUUGGCACGUCGCGAGGUUGGACUUAUGCACGGAAGAAAUCACUAAUUUAGAGGAACACAUUUCGAAUCUGUAGGUGUUGGUUCUCAUUUCGUCUUGUCCCUUUUCAUCCCUUGCAUUUCUGCCUUACAUUUUCCUUGACACUAAGAAUUUUCUCCAUCAACUCAGCCAGGAAGAACUGGAAACCAGUCGAUCACUACUCAACCGUACCCAAAUCGAUAUGCAAACUAUGGCAGCAAAACACGCAAAAGCUCUGGACGAUAUCACUUGGAGGGAGGACUGGGAUGAACUUAACCAAGAUAUGGAUAUGAGAGGUAAUAGCAGUAUAGGAGUGUGGGAUGACUCUUCCGAGUUCCCUGACGAGUAAAAUAUCAAGUGGAUGAGUUUUUUUUAUGUCCGAUGACCUAUCGGAUGGGUGGCAGCCUUGGCUCUACGUCUGUACACAAAUUUGCGAGAAGCAUAGGAGUUGGGGAAAUAUCGAUUACGCAUAGAAUUCAUCAGGUCAGGGGAUAGUCGGUUGUUGUUCAAUCUCACCCUAACCAUCCAUUAUCUGGGUCAAGUGGUCGCUCCGCAAGCUUGUUUGCAGGCCAUACGUUUCUUUUGGAUACGACGAAUCAGGGUUUCUAAAAAUCCAAACUGCAGUACAACAAUGAAGCUCUGGAUUCACGGAUUUGAUUGAAAGAUGAAACUA